AUGCAGGGACAUGGCAUGCCACACAAAGCAAUCUUUGAGAAGUUCUUUUUUCCCUUUGAUGGAAGCAUUGCUGGACCUCGAGGCAGACCAGGGAAACCUGGCACCAAUGGCACACCAGGUAUCCCCGGUGUAAGUGCCUACAAAGUACAGCUAAAGAACGGCACAUACUUGAAUGAUUUACUGAUACCACCAUCAAUUGCAGAUAUAAAUAUGCCCCGUUCCAUUGCCGUCGAAGAAGGAAAAACAUUAAACGUAAGCUGUGCCGCCAGCGGUAAUCCAAUGCCUCAUGUUGAAUGGCGACGAGAUGACGGUCGAACGAUUAAUGUCCAUGGCGUUGAGAUGUCAUCUAUAAGUGGACCAUAUCUGAAAUUCACCAAUAUUACCCGCCAUCAAAUGGCUUCGUAUACAUGCUAUGCCGACAAUGGUUUAGCACCAGUGGCCAAUGCAACAUUUUUAAUCGAAGUCCAAUUUCCGCCCAUGAUAUCGGUAUAUAGGCAAAUGAUUUAUGCCGAAUAUGGACGUUCGGCCACAUUGGAAUGCAUUGUGGAAGCAUUCCCCGAGGCUAUACUCUAUUGGGAAAGGGCCUACGAUGGCAGUAUAUUGGAUCGAGGUGACAAAUAUCGAAUUGAAACUAAUCCAGAUGGCUAUCGCACGACAAUGCGUCUGACGAUUACCUCCUUGCGUAAGGAUGAUUUCGGUUACUAUCAUUGUGUGGCCAGGAAUGCACUCAAUACCACAAUGGUUAAUUUUGAAAUUGCACCUCAAGAUCCAAACAGUGAAACACCCUAUGUUGGCAAGGAAAUGAAAACAUAUGGCCAACGUCCACCCGAACAAGAGUGUCCCGUUUGUCCCGAGUGUCCUGAACAGAG